GGAAUGGGAGGGGAUUCGUCCCGAGCGAUGCGCCUUUAAGAGCUUCGCCGUCCGAAAACUUUGGGGAGUCGGGCGAGUAACUAGUUACAAUUCGGGUUCUGAAGGAAACGACGGGACCGAAUGAAAAGUCGGGGGGCGGAUUUUUGAUUUUAUUUUAUUUUUUUCUAAAGAGAAAAUCAGCAAGAGUGUGACAGCGUGUGUCGCGAGCGGUGCGAAAGAGAAACAAGUGAUCGGGCUGGUGUCUCCUUAGGCGGCCGGACCCACGGGGGGGUAGAGAGCGACCUGCCCCCGGUGAACAGGCGGUGACAGUGCAAAGCCGAGGCCGAAACAGGCAACAGUAUCAAGCCGGAGGGGAUUUUUAAAAAACUUUGCUAUCAUGGUCCUUUUAGGUAGUUGCCGAGCGGCGACGGGGGGCGGGCGCUGACUUUGUGGAAGCCCCGUACUUGAUGCGCCUCUGUACGGCUGCACCCCCACCCCCUUUUCCCCAAUCUGGGUCCGGCUUCGCUUCUUCCGCAAUGUUUUCGCGGCGCGACCGGCCCGGUUCGGUUCGGACUGUCCUGUUGGUGGCGCUGGUUGUGUCCCUGGGGGCUGCCGCCGAGCUGAGGGUCCGGGUCCGGCUGUCCGACGGGCACAUCGCCGAGGAGACGCUGGAGGCGGACGGCGAGCAGGAUUCCGUCACGCUGGAGUUCAAGCAGGGCGACGGCACCCUCAUCACCUUCCUGGCGGAUUUCAAGCAGGAGGUGAAGCUGUUCCGCGCGCUGAUCUUGGGCGAGCCGGAGCGGGGCCAGAACCAGUACCAAGCCCUCUGCUUCAUCACCCGCCUCAACAGCAACGAGAUCAUUCCCAGCGAAUCCAUGGCUCGCCUGCGGCAGAAAAACCCUCACGCGAUCCGGUCCGCAGAGGAGAGGAGGACCGAGGACCAGCUGGCCAUGAACGUAGCGGUUAACCUGAGCCGGGCCUGGCAGCUCAGCGCCCACGUCCACAACAUGUGCGCCGAGGCUCGGGAGGCCAUCUACACGCGCGAGGUGGACGCCAAGCACUGGCUGGACAAAGGCGUAGAAGGCUCCGUGUUCGAGAUCCUGCCCCAGGAGGAGGACGUGCCGGACUUGCAGACGUGCGCGACCUCACGGGACAUGUGGCAGGCCUGCUCUUGCCGCUACAGCCUGAGGCUGGAGUGGUACCCCUGCCUGCUGAAGUACUGCCGCAGCCGGGAUGGUGUGAGCAAGGGCAGCCCCUACAAGUGUGGCAUCAAGAGCUGCAGCAAGGGCUACCGCUUUCAGUACUACGUGCCCCACCGACACCUGUGCCUCUGGGACGAGGAGACCUAAAGUGCCCCCCCCCAACCCGGUGUCCACUCCCAUCUGGAGAUGACUUGUCUUUAUUUAUUUUCCUAUUUAAUAUUUGAACAUCCCUGUGGAAUUCGUUUUCAUCCCUGCACCCCUCUGCCCCCCUGUGGUGAGUUGUGGUACAGCUGCUGGCCACGGGCGUGUGGGUCACCGUCAAGUGCCUUCACAUAUGAUCACGACUGAUGCUGAGGUCCGGUCCGAUCUCUCGGGGGAAUCAGUGACCCCCCCCCCCCACACACACAGAUUUUUGUUUCACUGAACCAAGUCUUUUUUUUGCCACUCUUCUGAUUGGACAGCCAUUUCCUAAAAACAAUUGCAUCGGCUUGUAUAAAAGGACUGAACACUUUUCACUCUCAGAACCAUGGCUGGAAGGGUGAAGCAGGCCAGAACUGGUCAGUCUCCGCAGGGGAUUGUGGGAUACAAGAGUUGGUAUGGUUCACAGGUCACGGUCCCUGUCACGGUCCCUGUCACCAGCUUCAGUCUUAAAAAGCUCAUAGUAUAACCCAGGUUACAAUAAUGCUUCUCUGGUAUGUUCUAUUUAUUUUUACUUAAAAAAUAAACUCUGUUUAGACCAUUCUAACAAAAGAACUGUUCUCAUCAGGAAUGUGAUUUUUUUCGUAAUGAACAAUGCAGCUUAAGUCCUCAGCAGUAGAGCCGGAGCCCAGCCCCCACAGAAUAAGGGAACUGAAGUAGGACCAUCAAAGUGCUGCGCUUGGUGCACCUGUGCGAGUUAUUGUUUUUUUUUUUUGUUUUUUUUUUUUGCCCAAUUCUGCAACGUCUCUCUUCUUCUUUACCUGGAGGCCUUCAUCACCGGCAAGCACCUUCUCGUUGGCGUGACUUCUGAAGAGGCCUUCCGAGGCUCCUUUGUCACCCGAAUGAGUCAGACAGAUACAUUUCCAUAUCAAAGCAUGUUUUGGGACCAAAUUUUACACAUCUGACGUGUAGACUAACCUACGAGCUGAGGUGUAACAUGGGAGUUUGUACACUAAUCACUGUCUGUUCUUAUCCAGACUAUGGGCCAUAGAGUUGAGUCUGUCUUGUGUCUUGGUACCUGUUGUUUAUUUGUUGAUAUUCGCUCAUGGUGUUCUAGAUGUUUCUCCUGCAACCUGUUGGCUUAUCCAUGCUCACACACCCUAUUGGUCUGUUGCAUGUUGGCAGUUUCCCAAGCUUUAACAGAAAUAGGUUCUUUCAAGCAACGGGAGUUCUCCCUCCAGCCACCAGAGGGCUCUGUUUUUGGAAGGAGGGACACCACAGUGCCAGGUGAGGCCAGGUCUCAGUCAUGGGGCUGGCUGCAUCGUUCUUAAGGAAGUCUUCACAGCCUUUUGAGUGGUGUUGAAAUGCCUCUCUGCCAAGGCAAAUCAGAGACCACCAUCCUGCUGUUGUGCUAUGGUUACUCAAUCAUAGCAUUUGCAUUAUGACAUCAUUAUGACAUCAGUUUACAGUAUAGUUUUCAGUGUGCCUGCUGUCCCUACAGGUUAGUUUGUGAACUUCACCUGUCAGAUACUAUCAAGUUGGAUGUAUUUAGAAAAAUUCAAGGGCAUCAAGGCAUUAUUUUUUUUAUUACAGUUUAACAAAACACUUUAAUGUAAUGGCUUAAUGUUUAACAGCUGAACAAGUAUGGAGUAUUGCAAUUAGCCAUUUUCAUUUUUUUUUUAAUUCUGCUGUGAAUAAACCCUGUGUUGCAUCUUUGUUAUGGAAGGAGUCAGUAACGCUUACUUAUUUAAUAUGAAAUGUAUUUAGAGAGGUUUACACCCACUAAAAGGAUGUGUUCAGAUAUGGUGGGGAUUACUGAAAGUGUUAUACAUGCCUUAAACUGAUGUUUGGUUGUGAAGCUCUUAAAUUCUUAAUUGACAUAUUUCUCAGGUCAUGACCACUGCUACAUGCAAAUGAUCCUCCUCUGAUCUUAAGCUGUUGUAUAACUAGUAACUGUCCUUGUUUUGCCCCAUCUGCACAGUUAAUUUUUAUUUUUUUUUUGUAAUCGAUAAUGUACUCUUGUCCUGCCACUUGUGAGAAACUUAUUGUGGGAAAAUGUUAAAGUAUUUUGUGGUAAAGGUAAGUGCCUUAAUGUAUCAACGUUUUGAUACUGUAUAACAAGUCAAAUCCAUAUUUUUGUAAUGUUUUUAUUGGAUAAAAAUGUGAGUAGUAAUUUCAGAAAUAUGGUUUGUAAAUUAACCUUGUCUAGAAAGGACAGAAUAAAGUCUGCCUCAUUUGCACUACAA